UCGGAUUGACGAUGAGUGUUGCUUCAACAGAACCGCUGGUAAUUCCUUUGUUAUAUGACCCGUCUUUCAAAGUUGAUGUGCAUCUUCACGAACCACUGCUAGGGAGUUCUACUCAAAACUUGGACGUUGAUGUAGAAUUGGUGUCGUUGUGCUCACAGUUAGACAUCAUUUGCCAGAAAGAACUAUCACAGCACAAACAAGAAAAAAUAGAACAUGGUCGUGUAAGCAGUGAUUUUACAAAUAAAGCCUCUGUGGUAUGUGAUAGAAUGCAGCAUCUGAUGCUGAGAACAAGUCAACCAAAUACAAGUUUAAGGCAAUAUAUUGUGACCAAGAGAUUUGAUCUCCUUUUCCCACGAGCAGCUGCAUACUUAGAAAAUCCAGGUCAUUUUAACCUCAAUCAGCGAACUGAAGGAGUGGACAAAUAUUUGUCUGACCUUUCUGCACUCCAGAAUCUGUCUGCUCUGUCUCGCCAGAUCAACUCUGAUUUAUCUAAUUUAUCUGACCAUAAAUACAUAGCUCAUCAAAUGGCAAUACUCUAUCAAUCAUUGAACAAUGUAGGACAUUCCCUAUUAGAUCCAUACAAAAAGAAUAUAGAGGAAAACUUUAAGUCCAUUAAAACCACACUGAGUGAAGACCGAGAAACAGGAGGAAAACAGCUGUAUCCUGAACAAAGAGAAUGGUUUCUCAAUUUAACUAGUGGCAUAGUCAACACAAUCAACAGCUUUCCACCAGAGUUAACAGCAGAGAUGUCUCAACCAGCCAAUAUUAUCAAGAACACCUCUACAUAAAUUGCAGGAACCUCUUAUCCUGUAAUGAACUUCAGUUUAAUUUUCUAUUAUCUUCAUAAGGACCUUGGUGUACAAUUCAGACAGUUUAUCCUAAAGAACUUUUACAUGAAUUAAUGCGAGCUGCUAUCCUCCAGAAAAACCUUCCAGCUAUUAACCUCAAGAGAAUCUCAAAAUAAAUCAGAGACAGCUGUUAUCCUUAAGAGAACCUCAAUGUAAAUCCCAGCAAGCUAUUAUCCUUAUGUGAACCUCAAUGUAAAUCAUAGCCAGCUAUUAUCUGCACAAGCACUUUUAUUUAAAUUGACAUGUCUGGUCUUAUUCUGAAGAGUUCACCACCAUAUAAAUCCCACUCUUGAAAGGACCUUGGCUUGAAUUACAACCAGUUUUUACUCUUUGGAGGACCUCAUGUUGAAUCUUGGUUCUUGAAGAAAACGAAAACCUAAGUCAUAGCUAGUCAGUAUCAUACCUCCAGGGCUUUCAAUAAGGGAAGGCAGGAGACAAAUUUUUACCAUUUCAUUGACCAGAACAAAUUCACUGCUUCAAAUUUCAUGAUUGUCAAAAUAAACUAUUGGAAAUAAUUUUAAAACAGCCUCAUCCAAUGGAUAAAUUCUCUUGUUCACUUCAAAAUUAUUAAAAGCCCUGUACCCCUAUUAAUAUUGUAAGGAAAAUACAAAAUACCAUUGGGUCUCAUCAAUCACCUCAGUGUCACAAUCAAGUUUUUCUGAGAACAUUUUGUAUGAAACCCCUAGCAUAUCCCUACUUGGUCCAAAUGGGAAUGUUUUGAACAAUUUAAAUCUGCACUACAUGAGAACAGUUUCAUGACAAUUUGUAUCAUUAUUCUUAUGUAGAAGACAUUUAAAAAAAAAAAUUCUGCUAUAUUACAAUAUAAAACAUCCCCACCCACAACAGACAUACACCAUAGAUUCUGCUUUUGGACCUCAUGUUUUGAACUUGAUCUAUUCUGCAUGAUGAGAUGUUGUAAUUGGCCCAGAGGUCUUCUUAAGAAGAAUUUAAGGAGUGGGACAAUUUGUGUAAAAUACUUCAUGGACAAAGAUGGAUGGUAUCAAUUGCAGUACUAGGUAACUCAAUGACAUAAUAAACUCAAAGCCAGCAGCCAUUCCCUAUUAUCCUCAUUUAUAAAUAGUCCCAUAGUAAAAUAUACAUGUCCCACAUCACAUAAAGUAAUAUUAUUGUAUAUAUUAGUAUUUAUCAUAAUUUAUAGAUAAUGAUCCCUCUUGUGUUCACUGCAGAUUUUAUGUCAUUCAUAAUUUAGUGUAUUUCAUAUUGCUUCAAAGCUUGUUGUAUUUUUUUUAUACAUGUAUAUACAAAUGUCAAUAAUUGUUUAUCAACCACAUUCCAUGGUACCACAGAACAACUUAUAUGUACCUGUAGCAGAUGAAUGAACAGUAUAUUCUGUAAACUAAUUUUAAAUAGUGUUGACAUACCGAUCACUGCUUUUCUACAAUGCAUUAUUUAUUGGUGAAUUCAUGGCUUUUUAGAGUAUGCUCUAUUUGUUAGAUCCCUAUGAAAAAAUAUGUAUAAUCUAUUACAAAUAGGACUUAAAACUAUGCAUGCAUGUGUGUCAGAAAAGAGAAUUAUAUACACUACAAUUGAACAAAAAAAUGUAGUAAAUAUGAAUACUGACUGAAGAAGUUUGAAUACUGUGAAAUCAGUAAUUUUCAUGGGGGUUUAAUUUUAGUUGUUUUUGAGGUAUGAAUGUCCACCACAAAAUGUAAAAUUUCAUAUGUAACUACUCAACACUUUUACAAUCAUGAAAUCGAAUCUUUUAAAUCUUGAAAAUUUGACCCCUGAAAAUAUGUGAUUUUACAGUUGAGAGAGAUUUGGGUGUAUUAAAUCCAGUGAUAUUGUAAAGUGGUGAGAUUGAAACAUAAUGUUAACUUUUUUUGUUCAUUAACAUGUCUCACUGUGCCAGUCUGUAUAGCUCAGCUAUAUACUUCUGUGCAUAAUUUACCUGAUCCAUUCACAGUCUUGCAGCAGUCUUACCAGAGUUGCUGGGAAAACCUGGUAUCAUAGUUUGCUGAACACCAAAAAUAAAAGGUUACAAACACAUUUUUAGGGGCGCUGUAGUAAGGAGAAAAAAAUUGCCAUGCCUUAGCCUUGUAACAAGCAUAAUAACCUGUGCAUUUAUUCCUUGGUGUGUGUUCAAAACUAGUCAGUUACAAGUACACAUCCUGGAGUUACAGAAUAAAUUAUUUAAAGCAAAAUUGUACUAUAUUUUAGGUUUGCCAUGUACAUGCCAGUAAAUGUAAUAUGUAUAUACAUGUAGUAAUUUAAAAUGCAAAAACUGCUGAGUUUUAUUGUAUUGCUAUUAAAAAGAAAAAUUUAAAAUUUUAUGUACUCUUACAAUUUGUUUCUUUGUAUGUGUACAUAUUUAUUUGCAACACUGUUAGAACUUAGAUUCAAGAUUUUUUGUUUAAAAAUAUUGUUGAUUGUGUCACUAAGACUUUUUUUUUCAAUGGUCCUCCCCAAUAAUUCAUUGUCAUAUACAGGUAUGUACAUGUAUGUGUUGUUCUAAUAAAUCUGAUGUAUUUGCUUUCAUUUGGUCCAAAUUUGAAUCUCAUGCUGUUGUUUUUUUCAUAUUUACUACAAUAUAUAUGUUUAAAAGUUCCUUAGCCAGGCACAAAAUAGGUAGAACUUGUGAACUGACAUGUAUUUGCUUUCAUUUGGUCCAAAUUUGAAUCUCAUGCUGUUGUUUUUUUCAUAUUUACUACAAUGUAUAUGUUUAGAAGUUCCUUAGCCAGGCACAAAAUAGGUAGAACUUGUGAACUGACAUGUAUUUGCUUUCAUUUGGUCCAAAUUUGAAUCUCAUGCUGUUGUUUUUUUCAUAUUUACUACAAUGUAUUUGUUUAGAAGUUCCUUAGCCAGGCACAAAAUAGGUAGAACUUGUGAACUGACAUGUAUUUGCUUGUAUUUACAAGAAUCACAAUUAGAAAUUUAGUUCUUUUUUUUUUUAACUUUAUGUACUGCUACAGUGAUGGACAAAAACUUAUUGCUUCUUGUUCACUUUGCUUUUCAAAGCAGUUUUGAAUAAAUACAUGACUGAAAGUCA